CAAAAAGAAAUAUCAAAGUUUGUUACUUUCACUGUUAAUUCUUAUUCUCUUAUAAUUUGUACCCAUCGGCUUCUAGACAACUGGCUGGCUAAAUCUAUUAGCGAAUGUAAUAGAUAAUUUCACACAUGGUUUAGCUAUUGGAGGAAGCUUCGCUGUUAGUAACAAAGUUGGUUGGACCACACUAGUUAGUAUCGUUAUUCAUGAGAUUCCUCACGAAUUAGGUGACUUUGCUAUCCUGUUAAAAGCUGGCUUCACAAGGUGGGACGCUGCUAAAGCGCAGGUUUUGACGGCAGCGGUUGGAAUAUUAGGUGCUCUAUCCGCUUUGUAUUUUAGUUCAAUCUUGGAUGCACGUACUCCAACAGCGUACGUUCUUCCAUUUACGGCUGGUGGAUUUUUAUUUGUUGCAUUAGUCAAAACUGUUCCAGAUUUAUUAGAAGAGACAUCUUUACUUGAAACACUGUUCCAAUUUAUUGGUAUUACAGGAGGUGUAUUAACAAUGGCUAGCGUUGUUUAUUACUUUGAGUAG